AGUUACGUUAGAGUGUUUGGUUUUUUUCAAUUCAAUGAAGUGGGUAGAAUUGUGUCUUCGAAAUGGUUAUUGUGGAUGUGGAAUAUUGUGGAAAAUGUAAUUUUGAAUGGCAGUGUAAAAUGCUGCAAAACUUCCUAAUUGAAAAGCAGCCGGGCACUGAAGUUAUUUGCCACAAAGGUAGACAAGGCUCAUUUGAAGUUAAAAUUAAUGAUCAGUUGGUGCAUUCAAAACUUACAACAUUGGCAUUUCCUGAUCAUGAAAGUGUAUUAGAAAAUGUACAAAAGGCGCAAGAAGGACUGCCACUUAGUAAAAUUAAAGAGCAACCAAUAGAAAAUUGCUGCAUAUUAUAGGAUAUCACUGUUUAUUUAUUUGCUUAUAAAUAAUUCUUGACUACAAAACUAAUA